AGAGAGGGGAGGGAGAGGGCUCAGCCUGUUCUGCUGAAUUUCACUCAUUGCAUUACUACUACUCAGUCCUGUGCAAGUCUCUGCCUGGAGAGUGACAAUGUACCUGAUCCCUAUUGUGCUGGCAGUCCUAUGCCCUACUGCCCGGCUCACCAUAGGGACUGCUGCUCCCCACAGCAGCACAGCCAGAAUGGCCACCACACAGAGGACCCUCAUAACUAACUAUAGCCCCUCAGGAACUCAAGGAGGCAAUGGGGCUGUGCAGCCCAUCCUGCAUGUGAAUGGGACUGUGAUGGAGCCUGUCCACAAGGACAGGGACAAUAAGAUGUCUGAGGAGAAAACUGCGAAGAAGAAAGCAAAAGUGGCUAAAAAAAAGAUUAAAAUUGUCAAGAAAGUCAUGAAGAAACCAAAAGCUGAGAAAAUGAGUCCAGGAGAAGGAGGACCCCCGGAACAAAAGUGUCCUACGCUGGGACUGGAGUCUCUGAGGGUGUCUGAUCAGCAGCUGAGGGCUUCCAGCACUAAACGCUACGGUCUGGGCUCACACCGAGGACGUCUGAACAUACAGUCCGGCAUCUAUGACGAUGAUUUUUACGACGGCGCCUGGUGUGCCGGCGAGAAGAACAAGAACCAGUGGUUUGAGGUGGACGCCAGAAGACUCACUCGCUUCACCGGGGUCAUCACUCAGGGCAAGAACUCACUAUGGACAGAUGACUGGGUGACGUCGUACAAAGUCCAGGUCAGCAAUGACACCCACGUAUGGAGGACCAGCAAGAACGGGACAGAAGACGUGAUUUUUAAAGGAAACACGGAAACGGAGACUCCAGUACUGAACCUGCUGCCGAGCCCCAUGGUGGGACGCUACAUACGGAUCAAUCCGCAGACCUGGUUCGAGAAUGGCACCAUAUGCUUGAGAGCAGAGAUCCUUGGAUGUCCACUUCCAGAUCCGAACACGGUAUUUAUGUGGGAACAGGUGCAGCAGCCGACAGAUAAGCUGGAGUUUAAACACCACAACUACAAAGAGAUGCGGAAGCUGAUGAAGAAGGUGAAUGACGCCUGUCCAAAUAUCACCCGAGUAUACAGCAUUGGGAAGAGUUACCUGGGGCUGAAGAUGUAUGUUAUGGAGAUAUCGGACAACCCGGGGGAGCAUGAACUCGGAGAACCCGAAUUCCGCUAUGUGGCUGGGAUGCAUGGGAAUGAGGUGGUGGGCCGAGAGCUGACACUCAACCUUAUGGAGUAUCUGUGUCAGGAGUACAAGAAGGGCAAUCCAAGAGUCCUGAGACUGAUCACAGAAACCCGCAUCCAUCUGUUGCCAUCCAUGAAUCCUGAUGGAUAUGAGGUGGCCUACAAACUGGGCUCAGAGCUGUCUGGCUGGGCAAACGGUCGCUGGAGCUACCAUGGAUUCGACCUGAACCACAACUUUGCAGAUCUGAACACCCCACUGUGGGAAGCAGAAGAUAAUGAACAAGUUCCCGAGCACUUCCCCAAUCAUUAUAUCCCAAUACCUGAGUACUACACAAUGGAGAAUGCAACGGUGGCCCCGGAGACUCGCGCCAUCAUUGACUGGAUGCAGAAAAUCCCUUUUGUCCUCAGUGCGAAUCUCCACGGAGGAGAGCUGGUGGUCUCCUAUCCCUUCGACAUGGCUCGCUCCUACUGGAUGGCCAAAGAACUUACCCCGACAGCAGAUGACGCCAUGUUUCGCUGGCUUGCCACAGUCUAUGCAACCAGCCACCGCAUCAUGGUGGAAAAUGACCACAGGAUCUGUCACUAUGACAACUUCAUAAGGUUGGGCAAUAUCAUCAAUGGAGCAGACUGGCACACAGUGGCUGGCAGUAUGAAUGACUUCAGCUACCUUCACACCAACUGCUUUGAAAUAACAAUAGAACUUUCCUGUGAUAAAUUCCCACAUGAGGUGGAACUCCCAACUGAGUGGGAGAAUAAUAAGGAGGCUCUCCUUGUCUACAUGGAACAGGUCCACCGAGGGAUUAAGGGUGUCGUGCGGGAUAAAGACACAGAAAAAGGUGUCCCUGACGCCAUCAUAGUGGUGGACGGAAUAAAUCACGACAUCCGCACAGCUGUUGAUGGAGACUACUGGCGGCUUCUAAACCCAGGUGACUACGAAGUCACGGCUAAAGCUGAGGGAUAUCACCCGUCCACCAAGUCGUGCCACGUUUCCUAUGAGGACCGUGCAACGAUCUGUGACUUUUAUAUAUCCAAGACCCCUAAACAACGCCUAAAAGAGCUGAUGGCCAAAGGAGGCAAACCGCCCAAAGAGCUCCUGUUACGCCUGCGCCAGCAGAGGUACCGCUUGUUGAAGUCCAGAAGCACAAAGUGACCAGAAGAAGACAGCAACGACAGAUACCGUGAGAUGCCUCGGAGCGUGUGACCACCCAGCUGUAUUAUUCCUUUUUCUUGUUCCCCCACUAUAUUACCACUGUUGUAAAACUGGGGAAUGGUGAGGAACUAUUGCACACAAUUAUAGAUAAGUAGAGGAGCCGCUAUACGCUUACAUACAAGCAAGGAGCAUUGAAUUCUAAAUGUGCUGUAGAUGGAGGGGUAGUCGGGAAAACUCCACAGACGAGGCGUAACCGGAAUCAUUUGGUUCUGAAUUUAUAUUCCCUUUUCUAUACUAAGAAUAUUUAGACAAUGAAAUGAUAUCACAUCCACACUGGUAAAAUGUGCAAGUUAAUUUUGGUAGGUGCCUCUCGCACAUUCUGUGAGGUCAUCCUGCAGGAUAUUUGGGUUCUUCAAAGCCCGGGGUCCUGAAUUAGGAAAAACGCAAUGGACAUGGAGAAAGAGUAGGUCCACAGUAAUUGUACUUACAUUGGGCAAAUCCCAGAGUCACUAGCUUGUCGUAUAGGCUACUACACCCAAGCCGAACCCAUCUUUGACUAUUUGUUCAACCAAGUCUGACCUAGUAGCCUUCUGAUGAAGCUGAUGUCCUCCACCAUUCUGCUAGUCAGGGUAAGGAUACGGGUGGGCAAUGCGUCUCGUUGUGUAUUUUUGUGCUCUCCAUGGGUGGGUCAACUCAUUAAGGGGGGUAUUUACUAAAGUGCGACUUAUCAGAAGUGGAGGUGUUGCCCGGAGUAACCAAUCAGGAUCUAGCUAUUAUCUUGUAGAAGGUGCUAGAUAAAUGAUAAGUAGUAUCUGAAACGGGCAUUUGAAAACCCGCACUUUAGUAAAUAUACCCCUCAUAAUCUGUUCCAGAUCACUAUAGUGGAGAGAGCGUGGUCUUCUCAGACAGUGAUAAAGACUGUGAUGUGUCAGGUGUUCUUCCAGCGGGAUCUGCGUAGAACAAGUCGUGUAUAUAAUAUAAUGUGUGAGCUGUAAGGGAAAUGCUGGCAUUGCUACAUACUUGCUAGACAAGUAACAUCCGUAUGAUCCAAUAAAACGUUACAACUCAAUGUGUCUGUUACU